AUGAUUGGACUCACAAAGGAGCAAAUAGAAACAUUCGACAAAGAAGGAAUGCUCUGCAUUCCAGACUUCUUAACGCAAGAACAGCUCGACCUUCUUAUGGGCCGCUCGCGUGAGCUCUUGGCCCAAUUCGACCCAGCGACUCAUCCCAAGACUCAAUUCAAGACGGGAGAUAAUGAUCAUGUCGGAGACGAAUACUUUUUCAACUCAUCAGACAAGAUCUCGUACUUCUUUGACACUGAUGCUUUUGACGAGAAGGGAAAUUUGAGGUACUCAAAGGAAAGAGCCAUCAACAAAAUCGGCCAUGGCUUACACAUGAAGGACACCGUUUUCGAGAAGAUCACCUUCGACGAGAAAGUGCAAGCAAUCGCUCGUGAUCUUGGAUUCCAGGAUCCUAGGGUUCUUCAAAGCAUGCUCAUUUUUAAAAACCCGGUCUCUUCAGAGUCCUCUGCUCGUGACAACGCCGUUCCUCCCCACACAGACGCUACUUUCUUAUACACCAAACCUCAAACAGCGCUAGGGUUCUGGUUUGCUUUGGAGGACUGCACCAAGGAUAAUGGGUGUCUCUCAUACAACCCAGGAACACACAAGACAGUUCCUGUGACAAAAAGAUUUGUCAAGGUCGACCAGGGAGCCAAGGGUUGUAACUUCAUACCUGUAGAGCACGGAGAGGUCACUCAGGUUGACAAGGAGGAAGAUUAUAAGCCCGUGGAGUGCAAGGCAGGGUCAUUGAUUUUGAUCCACAACUCGGUGCUCCACAAGUCAGAAAAGAAUCACCUGGACAAGUCGAGGUAUGCUUAUGCAUUCCAUGUCAUCGACGGCACUGCCGAGUACGACAAUUUGAACUGGUUGCAGGUUCCUCCUUGCAAAGAAGGUGGAACGGAAUUCUCCAAGCUCUUUGAAGGGCCAGUGCUAGCGUGA